UUAAGAAAGAUCAAUCAAUUUUUAACAAUAUUUCAAAUUAAAAUACAAAAUAAAAAUAGUUAUUUGAAAAUCAUAUCACAAUGAAUUUAAAGAAGGGAAUAUGGAAAAAUCCAGACCCUUUGAAAAGAGGAUUCCCUUCCAGUUAGUCUAAAUACGAGGACUGGCCAAGUACCUAAGAGGUGGAGGCCAUGAAACUACAAGAAGAAGAAGAAAUAAAAAAUAACAACAUACAUGACUAAGUCAUAAUAACUGUCAAUGAAAUAUAAUUUCGGAAAUUGGCCAAAUAAUUUGUGAGAAAAAUAAUCCACAUGUAAGUUUAUCGAAUAUGCUUACAUUAGAAUUAUUGUUACUAUCUAUACUAUUUGUGUCGUGCGUGCAACCAAAGUUAAGAAUAAUAGGUGGAGAAGAAUGCAAAAAAAGCUAUCCAUUUAUGGUUUCAAUUCGAAUAAGAAACAUACAUUAUUGUGCUGGAACUUUAAUAGCACCCAAAUGGGUUCUAACUGCUGCACAUUGUGUUAGCAAAACAAAUCUACAGACAGCCGUUAUUGGUAGUAACUAUUUAGUUCCCAAAUCUGACGAAUCUUUUAUGGAUGUAAGUAUCAUCGAAUAUACGAUACAUCCAAAUUUUGAUGAAGUUAAUUUUGUAAAUGAUAUAGCAGUGAUGAAACUUGCAGAACCAGUACGUUUUCCAUCCUUGGUACAGUUGCCGAAUAAAUCUUCAUCUGAGAAUAUACAAAUUUAUGAUCAGGAAUCAUUGGUAAUGGGAUGGGGAGCGGUUAUUGAAGGUUCUACAACUAGCAGUCCUGUACUCCGUUGUGUGUAUUUAUCUCUUAUUACUAUCGAGGAAUGUCGAUUAUAUUAUCCUCAAAAUCUGAUAGAAACGAGCCAGAUAUGUUCUCUAAGUAAAAAUCGUGAUGCAUGUCAAGGAGAUUCUGGAGGUCCACUGCUUACUCAUGACGUUCAAUAUGGUAUUGUAUCGUGGGGAUGGGGUUGUGGCAGAUAUCCUGGAGUCUACACCAAAGUGUAUCAUUUUCUCCACUUUAUCGAAGAGGCAAUAAAAAACGAUGCAAACAAUAAAUGUAUUAAUGUUGUUCUAUUUUUUCUACUAGUUUUAAGUGAAUUUUUAAAUAUUAAUAUACAUAAUAUAUUUUUAGGGAUAAAAUAA